UGAAUAAUGUAAAUUAUCAAUUGUCAGGCUCAGAUGUGAAAACAAAAAUGUCAUAACAUUGGAGAUUAAAUAAUUUCUAGUGAGAGUUAAUCACGAAUCAACGAUAAAUGAAUGAAACUGCGGCAUUGGCAUGUUAUGAGAAUAAAAAAUAUAAUAUUUUUAAUUCAUCUAUAGUGUUGAAUACUUGUUGUGGUGCAAGAUAUUAUAUUGAUAGUAAAUUUUAGUUCAAAAGUGAAUAAGUUCUAUAAAGUAGUAAUAAUGUAUGCGGUUGAAAAGAAAUUUGAAAUAGAAAUGAAAUUAAAACGAGAAAUGACGAAUAUCCAGGAGCUAAAGGCGGCAGCAAAUAGAAGCUCUUCGCUUGCUAGCGAUGUCUGUAAUGUUCUGGGUGCGUGUGAGCAACGCCUGCAACAGUUAGAGACUGCUGUCUUGCCACUGUAUGGAGACACAGCGAGACUGCAACAAAUACACCAUAAUAUGGAGAGCACAGUGACAGCUCUGGACCAUGUUAUAAACUACUACAUGGUGUCCCGAGAGCUGGCUGACCUCAUACAGGCCGGGCCUCAUACCGGGACUACAGAGUCGUUGAAUAUCUAUUUAGAGGCUCUGGAUAAAUUGGCAGAGGCUCAGAACUAUUUCAAUAAAAAUAACCCACAAAGUGUUGAAUUGGAAAAUAUUAACCAGCUAUACAAUACAGGAGUUAUAAAGCUGGAAGGUGCUUUUGAGGAACUGCUCAGUCGUAACACUCGGCCGCUUUCUCCCACUACACUUAUGGAUAUGAUUGCUCUAGAAGAGGAUUCAAGUGUGGACAGUGUGAGUGUGAGCGGGAACUCCGCCACUAACACGGCCGUGGAGAGCAUGCGCAGUGCGGCGGCCUGGCUGAGUGCCGCGGGGCGCGCGCCCUCCGCCCCCCUGCUAGCGGUUAGGGCUCCGGCCGCGCUCAACUCACUGAUAGCAUUCAAGGACUACUUGAGGAGCAGGUCCAUGGGGGCGUCUCCGCUCAUGAAAUCUAAGAACAUGUUGCAUCGAACGGACAGCACACAGCGCAGAACGAGCAAAAUACAGAAGGUUUUGGAAAAACGAGCUAUCAAUAUAAUGAUGAAGGCCUCGCAGACCUUGGAGCAGUCUACGGGCCUGGCUAUCGGGCCCAGGCGAUCCAUCAAUGAUUCCUACUCGGACGAGUGCAUCGACGCCAUGGACGAGCGCGAGGCGGAGGCGGCGGGCUCGCUGUGCGCGGCGCUGGUGCGGGUGGCGCGGCGCGAACAGCGAGCGGCGCUGGGGCUCGUGCCGCUGCCACGGCUGCCCGCCCUCCUCACCAGCAUCCUCAAGGACUGCUUCAACCUGCUGGCGACGGAGGUGGAGCGCGUGUGUACUCGGAGUCGUAAGGCCGCUUCCCGCUGCAGCGCUGCAGCCGCUUCGUGUUGGUCGCUGGCGGCGCGCCUGCAGCGGCUCCAGCCCGACAUGACCCGCGCCGUGCACCCAGCCCCGCCCGCGCCCUAUACCGCCAUACUCAACUCCUGUCUGCACCAUUGUGUGCGGUCGCUGGAGGAGUGGGUGGAGGGCGUGCGGUGUGACGGGGCGGCGGGCGCCGUGGACGGGACCGUGCACCAGUUGGCGGCCGCCGCCCUCACCUACUGUCACGCGCUGGCCGCUCAUGUUCACGUCAUAGGUCCGGCGCUGGCUGCCGAGGCGAGCUACGUCCGCGCUUCUCACGGGCUGGUCGUCAACGAUAGGAACGCUCUCAUGCUGUCGCUGUACAUGCGUAAAGUCCUGGCCCAGCUGAACCUGUCCCUGCGCACUAAGAGCGAGCAGUACGGCUCGGAGGCGUUGAAGGCGAUCUUCCUCCUGAACAACACGUUGUACGUGCUGCAGGGCCUGGGCCGCGGGGGCCUCCUCGACGCGCUGGCCGUGGCCGAGCCCCGCGCCGAGGCCGGCUACAGGGACAUCGUGCAAGACUACAAACAGGCCUACCUCAACAGCUGGAACAAGCUGCUGUCUCACCUGGUGCUGGAUGAGCCAUUGCCGGCCAAGCUGCGCGACAAGGACCGCCAGAUGCUCAAGGACAAGUUGUCCUCCUUCAACCGGGAGUGGGAGGAGGCGACGCGCGCCCAGCGCGGGUAUAGCGUGCCCGACCCCGAGCUGCGAGAGGCGCUCAAGAGAGACAACAAACAGAUCCUGCUGCCGCCCUACACGGCGCUGUGGGAGAAGCUGGCCGGCAUCAGCUUCACCAGGCACCCCGACAAGUACCUCAAGUACACGCCGCUGCAGAUCGCCGCCCAGCUGGAUGGAUACUUCGAUGAGGCCGCUUAGAACACGGCGUACGCUAUAUACAGAUAUAUAUACUUUAGAAUAAAAGGUGCUUUAUAAAGUCAAAUAAAAAACAUUUUGAACAUCAA